AUGCCAGACAAGAAAGAUAGCAAUAGCGCUAGCGCCAAAGUCGAAGCAAUGAAUCCUUUCUUCCCUGCCCCCCAUGGCCCCACAUUAGCCGGAGUAGCUGCUCUGCUAGCCCAGCCCACAACCCGUAAUGUCAUAGUCCUCGCCGGCGCCGGGAUCUCAACCUCCGCCUCCCCACCCAUCCCAGACUUCCGCUCCCCAGGGACAGGUCUCUAUUGCAAUCUUGCAGCAUGCAACCUUCCAUAUGCAGAAGCAAUCUUCGACAUCUCCUACUUUCAGCGUCAUCCACAACCCUUCUUCACCCUUGCAAAGCAUCUCUAUCCUGGAAACUUCAAACCUGCACUCGCACAUUACUUCCUCGCUCUCCUUCAGAACAAAGGAAAGCUCAAGCGGGUCUUCACACAGAACGUUGAUACUCUGGAGCGAAUAGCAGGUGUGGAAUCAGACAAGAUCGUUGAAGCGCAUGGUAGUUUCGCCACCUCCACGUGUAUUGUCUGCAAGCAUAGGGUUGAUGAUGAUUGGAUCCGGGCGAAGGUUAUGAAUGGUGAAGUGGCUAGGUGUCCAAGAGAUAAGUGUUUGGGCAAGAAAAGGGGAAAGGGAGACGGAGAAGGGCUAGUGAAGCCGGAUAUUGUGUUCUUUGGCGAAUCGUUGCCCUCGACGUUUUUCAGGUGCAUGCCAGACUUCAAAAUGGCCGAUCUGCUGAUCGUAAUGGGAACUUCGCUGCAGGUUCAGCCUUUCGCAAGUUUGAUCGAUGCUGUGUCAGCUAGUUGUCCGAGGGUACUGAUCAAUUUGGAAAGGGUGGGCGAGUGGGCCUCUUCGGAUGGGUUUGGUGGGGGAGGAAUGGGUGGAGGCAUGUAUAACGAGACAGGGUUUGACUUUGAUGGUUUGACGUAUGGUGGGAAGGACAAGACUAGGGAUGUGUUUUAUGAGGGUAAGGCUGAUGACGGUGUGGCAGAAUUGGUGAAGCUCGUGGGCGAAGAAUGGGAGAAGGAGCUCGCGAAGCUGAAGGAGGAAGGAUACAAGAAGUUGGACAGAGAGGCGAAGCCAACAGUGGAUGUGAAAGAACUGAAAACUGAUGAGAAGGAAGUGGCGAGCAAAGACCAUGGAAGCGAAGCCACAAAGCCUGAAGACAGCAAGCAAACGGCCAAUCCGACAAUCAAGGACGAUGCUAGCAAGUUAGACGAGCUCACUCACGAUCUCGAGACAAAAGCGAAGCUCGAUGACGAAAAGCCAGAUACGAAGGAUGAGACGAGAAAGUCGAAAACAAGUUCCCUGUAA